AUGAAAGCAGUAGAAGUAGCUCAGUACGAGAGUGAUUCAAAGGAUGAAGAAAUUAUUGAAGAACACAGUGUGAGAAAUGAAAACAAAAGAGUUCAUAGAAAAAAGAAAACCAAGUUUUGGAUCAAAGAAGCAACGUUUAAUAAUGCUGGUGAAGCAGAAGCAUCGAUUAAAAGUGAAUGGUCAAAACAUUAUACAAAUUAUACUGCAGAUGGAAGAAGAGUCUAUUAUAGGUGUAGAAAAGCCAAACGUCAUGGUCUUCAAUGCAGUUCUUCUAUCUCUUUGCUCCACCAUGCUGAUAGUGAUAAAGUGACUAUGUACAGAACUGAAGCUGAUCAUGAUCAUUAUGAUAACGAAGCUCAUGGUAUAGCUAAAGAUGUCAAACAAUGUAUAGAAGAAUUAUGUAAUGAUGGUAUAAAGAAGCCAAAACUUAUCAUUCGAGCUCUUCAAUCUAGACAAUUAAAAGUGCCAACAUAUGCACAGCUGAAUAAUUACCUUGGCUAUUAUAAAAGGAAAAAAUAUGGUUCACAUACAAUUAGUCUAGGCGAAUUAAAUCAAUGGUGUCAAGAUAAUUCAAAUGUUCCAUCUCAUGAAAAUAAAGCUUUUGUUGUUUCUUAUAAGAUACUAUAUGAUGAUGAAGAGUAUGAAGAUGUUGAUGAUACAAGUGGAAGAAUCUUUCGCUUAUUUUUAUCAUCUGUGCGCUUCCUUAAUAUUGGAUCAGUAGCCUCUCAUAUAAAUGCCGGUGCCACUUUUAAGCUUGUGUGGCAGGGCUUUCCAGUCUUGGUCAUUGGUACAACUGACCUAAGCAAGGCAUUUCAUCCACUUGGAUUGGCUAUUUGUUCAAAUGAAAAAGCAGAAGAUUUCGAACUCAUCUGCAAUGCUCUUCAAAUUGGUAUGCAAAAAAUCAAGAAAAAUUUAUUAAAACCAAAAGCAUUAGUAUGGAAUGCAGCUGAUUCAAUUAAAAAUGGUUUUAGAAGCGUGUUUGGCAAUUCGUUUGAUCAAAUCAUGUGUUGGUCCCACAUGAAGCGAAAGAUUGAAAAUCGUAUAUGUCAGGUAAACGAUAGAGAUAUUGCUAAAGAAAUGGUCGAAGACAUCGAAAUGCUUCAAUUAUGUAACUCUUCGAGUUUAUUUGAAUUAGCAACUACACUGUUUAUGCAAAAAUGGAAAUAUAAUACUAAGGAAAAAAAUCAAUCGGUAUUAGAUUUUUUAGAGUAUUUUGAUGAUGAAUGGCUUAAAUCAAACCCUGGUUGGUAUGAAGGUAUUCGACUUUAUACACCAAGUACCAACAAUGCGUUGGAAGCAAUCAAUAGAACGAUCAAAGACGAUGGUACAUUUCGAGAGCAUCACGUUUUAUCGAGAUUCUUGACAGCGUCUUCAAAUAUUGUACGUAAUUGGUCAAUCAAUCGUGAUCCAUCAUCGGCAAAUCCAAAACAAUUUGCUACAGAACCAACAAUUACUUUAGACUUAUGGACUCGAUCAUAUCAAUGGGCAAAAUCAAAUAAAAAUAUAAUUUGUAUUCCAAAUGACUCUGCGAAGAUUUAUUAUAUACCAGCACGUGAUUUACGAUCGGUUUCUCAAACUAAUCUAAACAGAUAUAGAAAACAAAAAAUUCACAACGUUCAAUCAAUUCAAGAAAUCAUUUGA